UCAGCAGAAGACGCUGCAACUGCUGACCUGCACAAAGCAUCCUUCAGACAUUGUCAGAGGCGCCAGAGAAAAUAUAUGCAUCCUAGCACGCUGAUGGAAAAGGGAUAAAUUUGUUAAGAUUAGAUCGAGGACUGGUUAUAGGGGUCUGUACAACACUCAACAGCUGAUACACCUUUUCAAUUCUCCAUCCGUUCUGCUGCUUUGAGAAAUAUCGGACCAUAUUCUAGGGGAGGAGCAAUUUUUGUUGACAACCAGGAAGUCAUCAAAGAUGUCUGACGCGCACACACCAGAACAGGAGGUGAAACUGACGGUGGACAAUGAUGAAGGUGCGGCUGAAGAGGUGAUGAAGUCACAAGAGAUCACAAUUGGGGACAGAGAUCCGAAUCGCAUGAACGAUCACGUUAAGAUCGCGUUCACGGAUAUUAUUGGCGAGCCCGACCCAGGCGUGCACUCCUUUGACAAGAUCUGGCUUAUCAGUUUCAAGGUGUUUUCCAACACAAAGCUCUGGUGUUACCGCAUUACCACCCUCAUCCUCGGUUUGCCAUUGUCCGUGAUCUGGGGAGUGUAUUUUGCAUGUCUGGCAUUCUGUAACAUUUGGAUCUGCGAGCCUUGCAUCAAGUCCUUCUUCAUCGAACUGAACUGCUUCCGCCGAAUCUGGGAGAUUAUACUGACAGCCUUCUACCGGCCAUGCUUCGAGGCGAUGGGGCGAUGCUUGUCGUUCAUCAAAAUUGGAAUAACCAAGGACUGAUAAAACAGGCUGUCUUUGGAGUUUGCCCUAAUUAAUGUUGUUUUUAUUGGAACAUUUUAUAGAAGAUAUCCAUCGGGGCCAUUUGACAUUUUACUAUAUUUUCACGGAAGCAACUCAAGGCUUUCUUGUCCUAGACAUAUUAAAUAUACAUAUACAAUUGUAGAGCUCAAUCAGGUAUUUUAAUCUACAUAUAUUCUUUGUUCA